CUAACACAAAGUGUUCCGUUGGAGAGAAGCAUAAAAUACCAAGAAAGUAGGUGAAAAUGAAGACCACUCUCUCUUCUGACACUUUGAAAAUUCCUGAUGGAGUCACGGUUACCGUGAAGUCCAGAAAGGUUACCGUCAAGGGUAAGUACGGUGACAUUACUCGUGACUUCUCGCACGUGCCCAUUGAGUUGAGGCUUUCAAAGGACCAGAAGACUAUCAUUGCUAUGCAAUGGUUCGGUACUAAGUCCAUGAUCGCUACCAUUAGGACUGUCAUGACCCACAUCAGCAACAUGAUCACUGGUGUCACUAAGAAGUACCAAUACAAGAUGAGGCUUGUACAUGCGCACUUUCCUAUUAACUCCAACAUUACUGAUGAUGGGAAGACUAUCGAAAUCCGUAACUUCCUUGGUGAGAAGCGUGUGAGGGUUGUGAAGGUUCUUCCUGGUGUUAAGAUCGAGAAGUCAGAGAGCGUCAAGGACGAGAUCAUUCUCACUGGUGUCGAUGUGGAGAAUGUCGGAAGGUCUGCUGCUCUCAUCCACCAAUGCGCUCUCGUCAGGAACAAGGACAUUAGGCAGUUCCUUGACGGUAUCUACGUCAGUGAGAAGGGAUUGGUGGACCAGGAGGCUUAACUCAUGCCCUAAUCCUUGUUAUACUUU